UGCUAGUCGCAUAGAAACGGUACCAGAUAAUCGCAUCAUCACUGGGAAAGAAGCUCAUCGUCGUAGGGUGGCAGGGGCUCACGAACGGUCACCAUCAGGGACGAAAACUGCCAGUCAGCACCUUGGAAUAUACUACAACUUGGGUGACAACAUCUGAUGAGUUUUAGUAACCUUGUACAGUUGUGUUCGUGAGGACAGGAGGACUCAGCGAUGUCUGCACCGGGGUUUACAAACCUGAACACAUCUGUUGGUUACAGCUUAAACUCAACGCCGAAUGGUGGAGCAGCAUCCCCUUAUCAGAAUGGUUCAGAACAGAACUACCCCUCCACAUAUCCUGGCUAUCCAGGCUAUUAUGGAGACACACCUCAACAGCAAGGCCACUCCACCAUUCCAGCACAGUGUGCCCCUGCCCCUAACAAAGCGACAAUCACGAACAAUGACCACAGUGCUAACUACUACCACAACAGCCACCAGCAACCCCCCCACCCCGCUGCUGUCUCCAGUGUAGCCCCCACUGCAUUUGGGCCACCCCAAGCUUCCCUCCACCCUACACCCAGUUCCCCAUCAAAUCCCCACCAUCCACAGCCAUUCCAGCAGCCAGUCCCUUACGGCACCUCAGCAGGUUACUACGGACAGCAGUAUCACACUCCCCACUCACAGCACCACCCUCAACAGACAAACCUGGUGUCGGCACCACCAAGUGGGCCUGGCACCCCCCUCUACCCCAUAGUCUCCUACCCAUCCGCACCGGGCAGCAGCCAGUAUGGGACGCUACGCUCCUCGCUCGCCACCUCCUCCACGAGACCCGUUCCAAACCUGAUGGGGGCUCCCUUGCACCAGUAUCCUCCUGGAAAUGGUACCAGCCAGCUGGGGUCCCCGGCAGCGGUGCAUCCUGGGUACGGCAUGGCUCCUCCAGGCCUUCCGCCCACAGUGAACGGCCAGGGAAGUGCAGGCCAGGCCCCAGUCCUCCAACACUACGACCGACCAGGCCAGGCCCCAGUCCUCCAACACUACGACCGACCAGGCCAGGCCCCAGUCCUCCAACACUACGACCAGCCAGGCCAAGUCCCAGGAUCUCGUGACCCCUACGGACGAGUCCCAGCUGGGCUGUCGGACGCAGACGGGACCCCCUCAGGGACCCCCGCUGCCUCGGUCCACUCGUCCCCCGGACACCAGCCAGGCAUGCAGUACGGAUAUGUAGCUAAUAGUGGCUCUGCAGCCCCCCCUGCCCCCGCCGCCCCAGUACCCUCGUCAUCCAGCUCCGAGGAAGAGGAGGAUGAGGAUGAGGAUGAGGAAGCAGGCGGUGACACAUCUUCCUCCACCACAGGCAGUGCCUCCCCGGGGCCGGCCAGCUAUGAGUGCCUGGAGGGGGGUAGUUACCCAGACUCCUCCAUGGUUCCCUCCAGUGACAUGGCCAGCCAUCCCCCGCCCUACGGCUACGGCUACCCCAGCAUGCAGUCAGCCUAUCAGCAAGCACCAGCCCCAGACUCCUCCCCCUCCCAUGGGGGCUACAACCCUGGCUACGAGUACUCCCAGCCUGCCUUCCCUAACCUGUCUCAGCUGUCGGAGGCGCUGGGGGGGCUGAGUGGGGUCCCAGAGCUGGAGAUGGAGGCCCUGAUGCCCGUCAACCUGCUGCAGGAGAGGAGCCUGCUGCCCCCCCGGCCCCUGGAGGCCCCAGAGCCCAACCUCAGCUCCGACCUGAGGAAGGCCAACUGCAGCCCCCAGACGUUCAGGUGCACCCUGACCAGCGUGCCCCAGACCCAGGCCCUGCUCACCAAGGCCAGACUGCCCCUGGGGCUGCUGCUGCACCCCUUCAGAGACCUGCAGCAGCUGCCCGUCAUCACGUCCAACACCAUUGUGCGCUGCCGUUCCUGCAGGACCUACAUCAACCCCUUCGUCUCCUUCCUGGACCAGCGGAGGUGGAAGUGUAACCUCUGUUACCGUGUCAACGAUGUCCCAGAUGAGUUCAUGUACAACCCCGUCACCCGCUCCUACGGAGAACCACACAAGAGGCCGGAGGUGCAGAACUCCACGGUGGAGUUCAUAGCCUCUUCAGACUACAUGCUCCGACCCCCCCAGCCAGCUGUAUAUCUCUUUGUGCUGGACGUGUCCCAUAAUGCAGUGGAGUCAGGCUACCUGAAGGUCUUCUGUGAUUCGCUUCUGGAAAACCUGGACAAGUUGCCCGGAGACACGCGCACCAAAGUGGGCUUCCUGAGCUUUGACAGCACCAUCCACUUCUACAACCUCCAGGAGGGCCUGUCCCAGCCCCAGAUGCUGGUGGUCUCUGACAUCGACGACGUGUUCAUCCCCUCUCACGACAGCCUGCUGGUUAACCUGAAGGAGAGCAUGGAGCUGGUGAGAGACCUGUUAAGCUCGCUGCCCUCCAUGUUCAGCUCCACCAGGGAGACCCACAGCGCCCUGGGACCGGUCCUGCAGGCUGCCUUCAAGCUCAUGUCCCCCACCGGGGGGCGUGUGUCCGUGUUCCAGACCCAGCUCCCCACCCUGGGCGCAGGGCUGCUGCAGUCCAGAGAGGACCCCAACCAGAGGAUCAGCACCAAGAAUGUUCAGCACCUGGGCCCGGCCACAGACUUCUACAAGAAGCUGGCACUGGACUGCUCUGGCCAGCAGAUCGGAGUGGAUCUCUUCCUGCUCAGCAGUCAGUAUGCUGACCUGGCCUCCCUAGCCUGCGUGUCCAAGUACUCAGCAGGAAGUGUCUUCUACUACCCCUCCUUCCACCACCUCCACAACGCGCCCCAGCGGGAGAAGUUCCAGAAGGAUCUGGAGAGAUACCUCACCAGGAAGAUCGGCUUCGAGGCUGUCAUGAGAAUACGCUGCACCAAAGGGCUGUCCAUCCACACGUUCCACGGGAACUUCUUUGUCCGUUCCACUGACCUGCUGUCCCUGGCCAACGUGAACCCAGACUCGGCCUUCGCUGUCCAGAUGUCCAUCGAGGAGAGCCUAGCGGACACCUCUCUGGCCUGCUUCCAGGCUGCCCUGCUCUACACCUCCAGUAAAGGGAAGAGGCGUAUCCGGGUCCACACCCUGUGCCUGCCGGUGGUCAGCCAGCUGAGCGAUGUGUACGCUGGGGCAGACGUCCAGGCCAUCACCUGCCUGCUGGCCAACAUGGCCAUCGACCGCUCGGUGUCGUCCAGUCUGUCAGACGCCCGGGAUGCGGUGCUGAACGCGGUGGUGGACUCCCUGAGCGCCUACAAGAACACUGUGUCCAACAUGCAGCAGUCUGGGCUCAUCGCCCCCGCCGCCCUGCGCCUCUUCCCUCUCUACACCCUGGCCCUGCUCAAGCAGAAAGCCCUGAGGACAGGCACCAGCACUCGUCUGGAUGAGAGGGUGUUCUCCAUGUGUGAGUUUAAGAGCCAGCCCCUGCAGAACAUCAUGCGCAUGGUCCACCCUGACCUCUACCGCCUGGACACCAUCUCAGACCAGGGGGCGCUGCACCUGAACGACACGGUGGUCCCUCAGCCGUACCUCCUCCACCUGACGGCCCAGAACCUCUCCAGGAGCGGAGCCUUCCUCAUGGACUGUGGCAGCGUGUUGUACCUGUGGAUAGGGAAGACCUGUAAUGAGAUAUUCAUCCGGGAUGUUCUGGGCUGUCCAAACCACGCUUCCAUACCUCCCAACAUGACUCAGAUUCCAGAGCUGCAGACUCUGCUGUCUGCGAGGGUGCGUGCGUUCCUGGCCUGGCUGCAGGAUUGCAGAACCUUCAGCUGCAUACUCUACGUGCUGAAGGACGAGGCUUCAGCCAACACCAGCUUCUUCCAGCACCUGCUGGAGGACAGAGCGGAGUCUGCCUUCUCCUACCAGGAGACGGCCUUCUCCUACCAGGAGUUCCUGCUGCACAUCCAGAAGCAGAUGUCCAAGUAGCCAGGAGAGGAGCCGUGUAGGAACCAGGCCCUGCCCCCCCAGACCCCAGACUGACUGUAGGAACCAGGCCCUGCCCCCCCAGACCCCAGACUGACUGUAGGAACCAGGCCCUGCCCCCCCAGACCCCAGACUGACUGUAGGAACCAGGCCCUGCC